GAGCCCCGCCCAGCGUGUCGCGUCACUCAGCGCGCUCCUUCAGAUCUUUGGAUUUGAGUGGAAUUUACCUUUGUGUCCAAUGACACUCUCAAAAGGAGAUCCUGCUGGAUACACCACCCCAGACGGAGGCUGGGGCUGGGCAGUGGUUUUUGGAGCUUUCAUUUCCAUCGGAUUCUCUUGUGCAUUUGGCAAAUCGAUAUCUGUGUUUUUCAAAGAAAUUGAAAGUAUAUUCCAUGCCAGCACCAGUGAGGUUUCAUGGAUUUCCUCGAUCAUGUUCGCUGUCAUGUAUGCUGGAGGCCCCAUCAGCAGUGUUCUGGUGAACAGAUACGGCAGUCGGCCCGUCAUGGUGGCUGGUGGCUGCUUGGCAGGCAGUGGCUUGAUUGCAGCUUCUUUCUGCAGCACCGUGCAGGAACUCUACCUGUGUAUUGGAGUCAUUGGAGGCCUUGGGCUGGCCUUCAACUUGAAUCCAGCUCUCACCAUGAUUGGCAAGUAUUUCUACAAGAGACGACCACUGGCCAAUGGGCUGGCCAUGACGGGCAGCCCUGUGCUCCUUGCCGUCCUGGCCCCUCUCAAUCAGGUUCUCUUUGAUACCUUCAGCCUUAGAGGAAGCUUCCUAAUUCUCGGGGCCUGCCUAUUAAACUGCUGUGUGGCUGGAUCCCUGAUGCGACCAGUAGGACCCAAAUCUACCAAUGUUGAGAAGACAAAGACGAAGGCAUUCGUUCUGGAAGCUGGAAAAUGGGACGCAAGAAAAGAUGCUGCUGAUGCAAAUACAGAUCCGAAUGGUGGCCUGCCCAAAGAGGACAAGCCAUCCGUCUUCGAAACAGUCAAGCAAACUCUGGACUUAGCUCUGUUCACUCAUAGAGGUUUCAUGCUCUACCUCGCCGGUAACUUGCUAAUGGCUUUUGCGCUGGCCACGCCUUUAAUCUUCCUUACUAAUUAUGCUAAGAGCAAGCAUUUCAGUAGUGAACACGCCGCCUUCCUUCUUUCCAUUAUGUCCUUUGUGGAUAUCGUGGCCAGGCCUUGCAUGGGCCUUGUGGCCAACACGAAAUGGGUCCGACCGCAUGUCCAGCACUUCUUUGCCGCGGCCAUUAUUGCCAAUGGGAUGUGUCACCUGUUGGUGCCGUUAGCCACCAGCUACAUGGAGGUUUGUCUCUACGCCGGGUUCCUUGGGUUUGCCUUUGGGUGGUUCAGCUCAGUAUUGUUUGAAACGCUGAUGGACCUCGUUGGAUCCCAGAGGUUCUCCAGCGCCGUGGGACUAGUGACCAUUCUGGAAUGCGGCCCUAUCCUCCUGGGACCACCAGUUUUAGGUGGCCUCACCGAUGUGUAUGGAGACUACAAAUAUACUUACUGGGCCAGCGGUGCCAUCCUCAUUGUUGCCGGCAUCUUCCUCUUCAUUGGCAUGAGCAUCCAUUAUCGAUUAAGGGCAACAGAGCGGAAAGCGGAACAAAAGCAGGACGAUGAAGGCAGCAAAGGAGGGCACUGAGCAGCAGACUCUUCAGAAGAGAAAGGAAAGUGGGAGGACCCAAAGAGAAGAAUUCUACCUGAACCUUCGAUAAACAGGAACUUUCAACCAAAGUCUACUGCACCAGGUGCUACUGGUGGCACCUCAUGGACACAGCGGCACUAGCAUAAGCAUCAGAACACGUGUUGGCCGAUGGGACUUUUACUUCAUUCCUUAGCAUCCUUUGAGGGUGGGGGCUUCUGAGAGACAAUGGGAGGAGGAAGCUUCUAUUUGAAGCCAGAUUUACUGAGUUAUUUAUGAGGAGCUUCAAAAAAAAGUUCAUGGGAAAAUUGUAUUAUCUUAAAAAUUUUUUAAACAGUUUUAUUGCCGUAAUUUAUAUACAAUUCAGUGGUUUGAAUAUAUUAGCAGUUGUACAGAAAUUGCAUCAUCUUUUGAUUCCAUUUUUCGUGGGUCCUUGAAAGCCCCUCCUACAAACAGAAUCCUUCCCCUUUUAAAGGUGUAUAGUCCACGUGAACUCCACCUAACUUAUAACACAGAGCAUACAGUCCCACGAGUUUUAACACAAGUCAAAUAGCUGCUGCCCUGUCACAGAGCAUCAGUAACAAGCAGAAUGGGUCCCUGGGCCUCACGCACCUCCCCUGGUGCCGGUAGGCAGAUUUCUACAACAUCUCGCGUGCCUUUCCCUCCGUGGGAUACAUGGCAGCACACGGUAUUGAGCCUUUCGCAUGUCUGCUUUCACAGAGCCAAGUGACCUCGGAGGCAUCUGUGUUUUGUCUGCCUCAGCAUUGCUAUGCCAUUGGGUGAGAAGGACCAUGGUACGUUUUCUAUCCAUUCACCAGUUAGACAGCUAAGUGGCUCCUACUUUUUGACUAAUACUAAUACUGGUGCUGUAAACA